AUUGAUUUAUUUUCAGCAACAAUUGUAACAUUCUAAGAUGACUUCCUGGAGUGACCGUCUACAGAACUAUGCGGAUCUCCCAACCAACAUGGAUGGUGUUGCCCUAAAGAAAUAUCGACGUGAAACGCAUCACAGCAACUAAUCAUUGACUUGGAAUGUUAUGGCUGCAACACAUUCUAUAAGAGCUUGGACAGGUGGCAAAAAAGACUGAGAAAGUUGAGGAAUGCUCAUCAAACAUCUCCGGUACAUCCCACAGGUGGACAGGCUAGUUGGGAACAGAGUGUUUGUCAACCGAAGUUUAGCAAUGGAGAAGAUCAAGUGUUUUGGUUUUGAUAUGGAUUAUACUUUGGCAGUGUAUAAGUCUCCUGAGUACGAGGCCCUUGGCUUUGACUUGACAGUGGAGCGCCUGGUGUCUAUUGGAUAUCCACAGGAGCUACUCAACUUUGUUUAUGAUCCCUCAUUCCCCACGAGAGGCCUUGUCUUUGACACUAUGUAUGGUAACCUGCUCAAGGUGGACACCUAUGGGAACAUCCUAGUUUGUGUGCACGGUUUCAACUUCAUUAAAGGGGCUGACAUCAGAGAGAUUUACCCAAACAAAUUUAUUCAGCGUGGAGAUACAGACCGCUUCUACAUCCUAAAUACACUCUUCAACCUACCUGAAACCUACCUCUUUGCUUGCUUAGUUGACUUCUUCAGUAACUGCUGUCGGUACACAAGUUGUGAGACCGGCUUUAAAGAUGGUGACCUUUAUAUGUCUUAUAAAAGCAUGUUCCAGGAUGUGAGGGAUGCUGUAGACUGGGUACAUUUCCAGGGUUCUUUGAAAGAAAAGACUGUUAAAAACCUGGAGAAGUAUGUAGUAAAGGAUCCUAAGCUUCCUCUCCUUCUUAGUCGAAUGAAAGAAGUGGCCAAAAUAUUUCUGGCAACCAACAGUGACUACAAGUACACCGAGAAAAUUAUGACCUACCUGUUCCAUUUUCCUCAUGGUCCAAAGUUGGGUACAGUCCACAGGCCCUGGCAGUCCUACUUCGACUUGAUCCUGGUAGAUGCCCGUAAGCCUGUGUUCUUUGGAGAGGGAACCGUCCUGCGGCAGGUUGACACAACAACUGGUCAGCUCAAGAUUGGCACGUACACUGGCCCCCUCCAGCAUGGAAUUGUUUACUCUGGAGGUUCGUCUGACAUCGUAUGUGACUUGUUGGGCGCUAAGGGCAAAGAUAUCGUCUACAUUGGCGACCACAUCUUUGGUGACAUUCUGAAAUCCAAGAAGCGCCAAGGCUGGAGAACUUUCCUGGUGAUACCAGAGUUGGCCCAGGAGCUGCAUGUGUGGACUGAAAAGAGCUCUAUAUUUGAGGAGCUCCAAUCUCUGGACUGCUUCCUUGCUGAGCUUUACAAGCAUCUGGAUAGCAGCAGCAAUGAGAGGCCUGAUAUCAGUUCACUCCAGCGACGCAUCAAGAAAGUUACACAUGACAUGGACAUGUGUUACGGCAUGAUGGGAAGUCUGUUUCGCAGUGGAUCCCGUCCGACUUUGUUUGCCUCCCAGGUGAUGCGUUACGCAGACCUGUACGCGGCCUCCUUCAUCAACCUGCUAUACUACCCCUUCAGUUAUCUCUUCAGAGCCUCACAUGUUCUGAUGCCGCACGAGUCAACAGUGGAGCACAAGCACGUCAACGUGAACGACAAAGAGUCCCCGCUGGCCACAAGAAACCGCCAUGAGUUGGACUUAAAGACCAUAGAAUCCAAACGAAAGCAAAUGCCCCGAACCGUCAGCGAGAUUCAACCACCUCAUUUCUUCCCUCAAGCGCCACAAGAGAUCACCCACUGCCAUGAUGAGGAUGACGAUGAGUAGAAGAAAUUCAAGAAAAAUACGCUCCUCUACUGUAACGGAGUGCUAGCUUAUUUUUAAAAGGACAACUAUGAUGGACAACUUUGUUGAUAUAGCGCUUUCAAAGCAGCAGGUUAGUAAAACACUGUGCAGAAAACGGUUAAUGACAAUUUAAAUGUUCUUACAAAAAUAAAGCAAUCAUAUUUGCUGAAUCAAAAUACGAUUGUAGACCAGUGGUUCUUAACCUUGAUAAAGGUUAACAACCCCACGAGCAUACUGUAUGUGCAUUCACCCAAGCCUUCGGAAUUUAAUAAAGUAUGGAAUUAAAUUUGUGUCAAAAAAGAG